CGGAGGCUCUGAUUGAAACAGAUUGUAACGCUCUUCGGGUCGCAAUGGCAACUGCACGACAAGGACGACGCCAGCAAGUUUUGUCGUAGUUGUAAUGUUACGGAGACUCAACAAGACGCUGAAGAAACUACCUGCUAAUGUGAACAACACACGUGACGACGUAUCUCAAGUCCGACAAUGUCCCGGGGAUGUACAGUUUCUGUGGAGGAGCUCCGGUCCUGGUGGGAAGUCCCCGCCAUAGCGCACUUCUGCUCGCUGUUCAGGACCGCGUUCAACCUCCCAGACUUUGAAAUAGAGGAGCUGGAGAAAGCCCUGUCAGAGCAGGACUUGGACUUCCUCACGGACCUCAUUGCUUGUCUUUUGCAAGGCUGCUACCAGCGCAAUGACAUCACCCCCCAGGCGUUUAGCAGUUACCUCGACGACAUCAUCAGCUACCGGUGGGAGCUGGAAGAAGGGAAGCCCAACCCACUUCGAGAGGGUCCCUUCGAGAAUCUCCCUCCUCGCACACAGGUGGAACUACUGCACCGGCUGUGUGACUACCGUCUGGAUGCUGCUGAUGUCUUUGACCUGCUCAAGGGACUGGAUGCAGACAGCCUGAGAGUGGAACCGCUGGGGCAGGAUGGAAAUGGAGCCCUCUACUGGUACUUUUAUGGCACUCGGAUGUACAAAGAAGAGCCAGUCAAGAGGAAAGCAGAGAAAAUCAGUGAAACCACUGAGCUGACAUUUCCAGAGAGAAAGAAAAGGGGAAGACCACCAAAGAAGAUGAAACUAGAAGAACCUCAGCUAUGUGAGCUGGAGAGUGAAGUGACAGAACUGAAGACAGAAAAUGAACUGGAAGAUCUCCGCCCUAGCACAGGCCUUAAGCGAGGCGCUUGGUCACUUGUGUGUGAUACGGAGGAGCAAUGGGUGAGUCUGGUAGAGAGCAUCAAGGACAAACCCUCCCCACAGGACCGCCACCUCUACCGUGUCAUCAGUCAGAACUUCUUGCCUGAGAUCAGCAGCAUGAUUGAGCACAAGGAGCGGGAGCAGAAACAGAAGCUACUGGAUCCAACCCCAGUUCGCACAUCACAACGGUUCUCUGAAAAACACUUUUACCAAGAGGACGAGGACAAUCUGAAGGCCAUAUCGGAGGAAGAGGAGAAGAGGAAAGAUGAAGAGCUGGACAGGCAGGUCCUGCUGGCCGAGCAACGACAAGAAGAGGAAAGGCUUCAGCAGGAGGAACAACAGAGAGAAAAGAUGGAGAAGAUCAAAGCUGUGGAGGAGCGAGCAAAGAGACGGAAGAUGCGAGAGGAAAAGGCCUGGUUACUGUCUCAAGGAAAAGACCUGCCACCGGAACUCUUGAAUUUGGAACCGUCUUCUCCUGUCCACAGAACACGCAGGAAUAAAGCAUUCUAUGAAAUUGAUGACGACUACACUGCUCUAUACAAAGUGCUUGAGGUCUUGAAAGCCCAAAAAGAUGCUUGGCCUUUCUUGGAGCCUGUGGAUGAUUCUUACGCCCCCAAUUACCAUGAGAUCAUCCAGACACCCAUGGACCUGUCCACCAUUGAAAAGAAGCUCAAUGAUGGGGAGUACGUUGCUAAGGAGGAGUUUGUUGCUGACGUGAAGCUCAUGUUUGAGAACUGCAUUGAGUACAAUGGAGAAGACAGUGAGUACAGCAUCAUGGCAGAGUCUCUUGAACGGUGUUUUAGCCGGGCCUUAUUAAAACACUUUCCAUCGGAGGAUUGCGACACAGAUGAGGAAUUCCACAUCAACAGUGAAGACAAGGAGCGCAAGGACAAGAAGCGCAGCCGUGGCAGCAGUAAACAUUUGGGACCUGAAAGUCUGAUCAGAGCCACUGAGCAAGUCCAACGUAAGAGAAAUUCCCAAGGGGGCAAGGGCAGCUCGCAUUCAGAGGAAGAGGACAGCAAAGCAACACGUCCACCUCCUCCCCUCCACUGGGCCAAUGGCCCCCCUCACCACUACAGUCUGCCUCCCAGCCAGCAGCACAUUCAUCAAAGAGACAUCAGGGGCAUGUACCACCCAGGGCAACAGCUUCUUCGCCCACCUGGUCCUCAUGGCCCACACAUGUAUGGCCAAAGAAUGGCCAUGGAUCCCCGCUUCUCUUAUCCAGCUCACAUUCCCAGGCACGGAGACCCCAGUUUGAACCGCUUGCCCCACAACUUUAACAUGCAGCAUCGCAUGGUUGAGGGACGUCACAUGGGUCCUAGGUAUCCCAUGGUCACAGAUCCUAACCAGCAGCAGCCUCCACACCAGCAGCAGCACCCUUACAUGGGUCCGACUCAUGGCCCGUCUCUGGGCCCACGUCCGUUGGGCCUCCAGCCCGGCCCUCCUCCUGAAGCCAGCAUGUAUCCAUCCCACCACCGUCCAGAGGGACACACCAUGCACUCUUUGGGCAACAGAUUCCUAGGGCCAGAAGGACCACCUCAGCACAACUACCCAGGCAUGAGGCCUCCCGGUAUGGGCCUAUCUAACAUGUGGACUGGUAUGAAUCACCAGGAGAGACCCAAUGGGAUGCGAAUGCAAGAUCCCAACAUGUUGAACCAGCGCAACUUUAGUUACGGCGGAGUCCCCCCUCCAGUGGGGCAUAAACCAUGGCCAGAAGCUGCUGGAUACCCCCACCCUUCUCCCAAUGCCCAGUAUCAAAUGUCUGCAGCGGUCAGCUCCCCGGGGCCCAUGCCGUCACGCCCCCCUGUUCCCCACCCAGACUCCUCUGGCAGGACACGCUUGGCUUCCAUGCUGGAAAGCCCAGAGAUGCUGGCCCUGCAGCAGCUGUCAGCCUCUUCAAGACCCCCUGCUGGUAACCCUCAUCCACACAUGGGCAACUUUCAGCAGCAUGGGCCCCCAUCAGGAAUUGGCAGCAUCCCAGCUCACCCCUCUCAGCAGCCUCCCCCUGCGCCUGAGGUUCAGCUGCUGCGUCCUGCUAGAGACAAUGGGCCAGACAGCCAGCCUUCUCAACAGACAGACAUGCUGCCCAAAGACUUCACGUCAGAGAACAAAAUGGAUGCCAACAUUUCGGAUGAAGCUUCAUCACACAAAAUCACGGUUUUAAUUAACCAAGAGCACCCAUCCAUUCGUAGCCCCACAGAACACCCCCCUGGGCCAUCAGAGGGAAUUCAGAGCCCCCCAGCCUCUAACUCGGGCAGAUUAAAGGAGAAUCCCUCCGGACCAGGGCUCUCACAGAGUUUAACAGAGAGCCACAAGCAGGAGGUAGAUGGCCAAAGACAAUCGGCCAGCCACUGUCUCAUUCAACACACAAGUGCCACUACUGUUUCAUCCCAUAUCAACUCAAGUAACAACAGCUCCACUGACACCACCCACCCCAACCACCCUCAACAUACACAUAACAAUCCACAGCAAAAAGCUCAAAGCCCCGCACCACUUCACCAGAACAUACCGCCACCACAAGUUGCAGCAUCUCAGAAUUCCACUAAGCAAAUGUCAGAGAGCAACUUGUCACACAUGCAGAAGUCACUUCAGCAAAGUGAGCAGCAGAACAGCCAAAAUGAGCAGCAACCUCAGGCAACCCAGAGUACACCACCCCAAUGCUACCCUCAGAGCUCUCCCCAGCCGAUGACCCAGAGCACACAGCAACAGAAUUCUCUUCUACCCCCUAAUCACGUCCCACAAAACAUCUCUCCACAACGUCCUUCACAGAGCAGCCCCAUGCAUGGGAUGCCACAGAGUGCCACACAAGGAGCCCAGCCUGGACCCCCUCAGCCAGUUCCUCUUACCUCGCUGCCACCCAGUCAUCCUACCCCACUACUACCUUCCCAGCCUAGUCCAGCAGACCAUGGAGAUCAAAGACCUAGUGAGCCUACAAGUAGACCGGACGCAGACGGCACUGCCGUUCCUCCACAGCACAUGCUAAAAACAGGGCCUCCAAAUGGUAUUUAUAAAGACCAGGCUUUUAGCCCCAAUCACCAUCAAACCCAGGUGUUAGGUAGUAACCCAGGUAUGCAGGCUCAGAGAGGGCCAGCCCCUGCUCAUAAUCCAGCCAUGCCUCCUCACUCCCAAGGCCAGGUAAAUGGAGCCAUGGGUCCAUAUGCCAUGGGGCACCAUCUACAUCCACACUACAGUCAGACAAACAUGACCAGGCCCAUGCCUCCAUCUGCUCACCACCCUUAUCACAACCAGGCCAUUAACCCCCUCCACAAUCCUGCUCAGCACCCCACCUACCACCAGCAGGGAGGGACUGCCUACUCCUACCACACGCCAGGCCAACAGCACCCUCAGGCCCACCCCAACAUGUACCAAACUCACCCGUACCAGCAACAGCACUACUUCCCACAACCCCAUCCCCAAGAUCAGAUCCAUAACCAGGCCAACAGUAGAGGGAGUUAUUCUCCAGAGGAGUGGCAUCGGCCUCAUUAUCCGCCUCGCCAACCAAUGCCGGCCAAUGCCUACCUCCCUGUAACUAGUGCGAGAGGCAACGGUCAGUUGAAGGAGAGCAGUGUGUCACCACUGGGUUCUGAGGGCUCCAGUUUGGUGUCCCCCGGCCCUGUGCCUGAAGUAGUACCACACCCUGGAGGCCAAGAAGGGAGGAAGUGUGAAAGCAGGGAGCAGGCCAGUGGUGGCAGCCCUGCAGAGCAAGCUCAUGAGGAGAGCUCAGAGCGACCUGAGAGCCCUAAAGAAAUCCUGGACCUCGACAGCCAUAAUGCUGCUGCCCGCCGCCGUAGCACCCAGCUAAGUCAACAGCACCCUCCUGCCUCUGCUGCACACAUGGUGUCUGGCUUCAUGUUCGACCCUCGUGCCGUGCACCCUGGGAUGCAGCGAGGUGGUGUUCCUCCACCCCACAUGAUGUUUCAGACUCUUGGAAAUGGCAACAGAGCUCCUUACCCUGGCCAGCCAUACCCAGAUCCAGGACGCUAUGCCGCCCAAAGACCCCACCCUCAUCUGAUGGAGGCUCUGCAGCGGCCCCAGCAGCUGCCAUACUCGCCGGGUCAGACACGCAUGGCCAUGUACGGACACCCCCGGCCUGCGGGGAAUUUCCAGGGCAUGAUGAUUCAGCAGAGAGGCAUGGUGCCAGAACACUUCCUACACCAAGGGCAACAUAUGAUGGCUGCUCCAGGCGGCCCCAGCAGUAAACAAGGAGUGUGACGAGUACCGUAUCAGAGCACGUUAUUAUCAAUAUGGAGGGAGUAGUGAGCCAAAAGGAAGAAUAUGUGGGUCUGCUGACUGAGACUGUAGAUGGACACUUUGCUCCACAUACACUCUCUUAAUGAUUUUCUUACACUGGACAAGAACCUUUUGGCUCUGUUUCACCCACCGCUGAACUUGAAGAUCCAACCAGGCAGCUGGAAUAACCAAGAUGAUAAUAAUGUGAAAUGGUACUGAGCCCUUUAGACGAAUCCUCUUCUUGCUUGCAAUCCUUCACAUGGAGCUCUGUGGAACUGGGGUCCUCCAGCAGAAGGGCAGCUUUUUACCCACCAGGCCAACCUGCCCAACAGAGAGGACCCUGCCUUCACGAACACUGGAAAACCCCUGUCCUCGUCAAGCAAUGGAAAUAUGAGCGGAUUAAAGGACACUGAACACAGCCUGCCUAUCUUUUCCAUUGACUGUAGUACUUGAUGGAGCUGUUGAUCUACUGACAGAGCUGAGGAGGGCUCUGAUGAAUACCAGAGGGUCUGUUGUUUUCACUGAUAUUUUCUGUUCCAACCAUAUCUUUAAACUCAGGUGUAGAAAAGGAGGUACUAUGAGACUGUCACCCUUACCCAGUCAACUCACAGGCCCCUUGCAAUUGCCUUGAUAACCUUUGUGAAUGUAUGAGUGAAUGUGUAGACAAUAAAUUGUGUACAGCAGAUUAGCUGCAAGUGAAAGUACACAAACACUGAUCAUUUGUCUUAAGCCUAAACCGUUCUAAAAAAAGGCCCAAUUACUGUCUAUUUCCACCCCAACUCUAACCGUGUCUCUCUAGUUCUGGAGUUAACACGCAGUAUAUGCAUCUUUCAAAGCUGCCUUCAAUGUCAACAAUGUCUUUGACUAGCAGAGAGUGACUGGAAAAGAUGCCGCAAUUUAUAUCCGACUUUACACAACUCUGUUGUGCACUAUGGAUUUUAGUCAGGACAUCCUGGAAUUGAGUGGCCUUGGAUAGCCUUAUUUUUUGUCAAACCCAUAUAUAUGUACGAAAAUAUUUACUCUCUUGUCUCAGACAGGUGGAAUUCUAAAAUGACAUGUUCUGCUUGCUGGUAAAUGCACAUACACAGAACAUAUGCAUCAAAUCCUGCUUUUUAUUUUUUAUUGUGACAUUGGUUGCAUUCCACCUAAAAGUGUGUACUUUCUUUGUUCAUUCACGGCCCUGCCCUUUGCAUGGUUGCUUCUUUGAGUGCUUCCUUUUCCCCAUGUCAAUACUAAAUGUAUCCUCAGGGUGUACAGUUUCUAUAUACGGGUAUUUUUCUGCAUUAUUUGAAGGAGGAGCAGCAUAAGGGAAAUGGGACUGCAACUGUUGGCGAAUCGUUCCACCUCACCACCACCUGUCUUUUUUUAAUUUUCAUCAAAGUUGAUUUGACAUGAAUUGACUCAAAUUUGAGUUAUUCCACAUUCCUGAUGAUUUGAUAUCUUUUUAGUUUUUCAUCACAAUUCAUUUGGGAUUGCUUCUGAAGAGCCACCAGUGCUAUUUCUCAUAACUGAUGUGGUCUUUGGAGUUUUUUUUCAUGCACCCUACACCUUAUAUCCAUGUUGCAUCUAUGAACCCCACUUGUGCAGUUUAGUGAUGACAGUAAAUUAAUCUACCUCAUUGGCAUUCACUGAGUCCCUCCACUUCUUUCCCUGCUCUGCCAGAGUCCUGUGGGUCAAAACUUUUAUGACCAGCUGGUGAUUUUGAAGCACCACUAUUAGUUUGUAGUCUUACAGAACUGAAAUGUAUGAAAUGGCCUUACAAUACAUGACCAUCUUGGAAAAGGUUGCUGUGUCAAGUUACGGUGCCGACUGACACUGACAUUGACAGGCAUUCUGUAAAUGAAGCAAUCCUUGAAUCUUUUUAAUGGGACAGCACCUUCAUUAUCAGUUUUUAAAAGGAGUAUGAUGGACUAUAUAACAUCACAUGUCUGAAAUAGGAGUCUGUAAAUUGGUCUCAAGUUGUACAGAUUGCAUGCCUUUCUGACUAAAGGUUGUUGGAACUAGAAAAAGUAGGCGGUCUUCCAGUCUAGGGUCUGUAAUAGACUGCAUAGAGCUUGGCAACAUUAUGGGUUUACUUUUUACUUGUUCCUUAGUAGUAGGUACCUAAGGCAUUGUAAGGAAAUAUUUGAGGGAGGAUGAUGGAAUAGGAAAGUGCUAGAAGCUGUGAGACAAUUUCCUAAAUGUGUCACACAAGACUAUUUAGUUUAAAUGGGGAAUUGUCCCAAUAAUAGGGCCACUUUGGAGGUCGUGUGUUCACUCGCGCUGUCUAAUGUAUGAAAGACAGUGUUUAUUUUAAAGGUCUGAGGUUGUGAUACUGUCUUAUGCUGUACAUAU